AUGAUUCUACUCAUUGUACUUGCAUAUACCUACCCUGCAUUGGCAGCUCAAAUUUCGACAUAUUCGCAAUGUGAUUGUGGCUAUUCAGAUCCAAGGACAUUGGCAACAUGGUCGGAAAUGUGGCACAUGAAUUUUGAAAAGAACGAUGGAUCUACAGCCACCAUGCAACAACAGCUGUACUCUGACAAAGAACUGUUCUUUUCUAGUUAUAUAAUCGACGCAAAAUUCAAUGACUCUUAUCCUCGUGUAUUCAAAAAGGAGAAUGUUCGCAUCCAUGACGAAUCACUGGAAGUGCGUGUUACAGUCGAUCCUACCAAAUCAACGCCAGCGGAAAGAAUUCAGUGUGGAGGCGUGGGCACCGAUCGACAAGACUUCAUGUACGGCUCAUUCAGAAGCUACAUGCGAGCCACCAAGGUCAAUGGCACAGUGGCAGGCAUGUUUGCCUACAAUGCUCAAGGCGAAAUCGACAUUGAGCUGCUCAGCUCUUUACAGCCAUCUGAAGUUUAUUUUGCAAUGCACCCUGGGUUGAUUGAAAACGGAAAAGCAUCUCCGUUAACGCAUGGUAAUGUUCAGCUUGGUUUUGAUCCAACAGAUGAUUUCCAUGAAUAUCGCUUUGACUGGUUUCCCAAUCUGACCGUGUUCUAUGUGGAUGGUGUGGAGUCGUAUCGUAUGACAACCAAUGUAUUGAACCUUCCUAGCAGAGUCAUGUUCAAUCACUGGACAGAUGGAAACGCCAACUUUAGUCAAGGCCCAGCAACAGAGAACGCUAGUAUCAAUAUCAAGAAUAUGACAUUUUUCUUUAAUUCAACCGACAUCAAAAGUGCGCCAAUAUGCCUAACCUCGAGAGCUGCUUGUGAUAUACAACAAAUAAUAAGUGCGUUGCAAAAUGACAGCCAGCAAGCGCCUACAACUAGUUCUGGAAAUAACAGUAACGGUACUGGAGAUACCAUGCUCGAUCCUUUCGAAAAAACCAAAGAUACUUCCACAUCUGGCAUUGCAAUGAUUGGCAAACAAGAUCUUUUGUCUUGUUACUGGAUUUACACACUGCUUCUUACAUCUAUUUGGCUUGUAUUUACACCUUAUAUUCUAUAG